CUCGUCAACACUGUGAAGCUAAGACUGAUGACAACAUGGCGCCGAGUGGUGCGUUUGACGUGUAUGGUCGCCGUCCUCGGUGUGUUGUGAUGUGUCCACUCGUGAUCGCUCUCGUCUUUUUCAGUGUAGUGUGUGCCGCGGACAAAGACGAUGGGUCGUUCCCCGUCCCCAAAUACCUGGACCAUAACGCCACAAUCGAGUUUAUGCAAGAACUCGCCCGUAAGCAUUCGUCGCUUGCCACCGUUUACAGCAUCGGCAGGAGCGUCGAGAACCGCGAGCUACAGGUGCUCAAAAUCAGCACGGACACGCCGCAUACACGAACGAUAGGCAAGCCCGUGUUUAGAUAUACGGCGAACGUACACGGCAACGAGGCCCUCGGUCGCCAGUUGCUCCUGUUCCUCAUGGAGUACCUCCUCGAGAACUACGGCACCGAUCCCCGGGUCACUCGCCUCAUCAACACCACCGAGCUGCACCUCUGCCCGUCGCUGAAUCCGGACGGCUUCGCCAACUCUACUGAGGGAGACUGCAGCGGCUCGGGACUCCACACGGGUCGCUUCAACCGCCACUACGUCGACAUCAACGCCAACUUCCCAGACCAGUACAAAGACGCCGACCUGCGCGCGUUGACGGCGGGCCGCGAGCCCGAGACACUGGCCGCGAUGACUUGGAUGGUCAAGGAGCCGUUUGUGCUGUCGGCAAGCCUUCACGGAGGCCUGCUGGUGGCGGGCUACCCGUACGACGGUCGACCGGGCGGACCGUUCGCCGUGGACAGCGGUACGGAGUCGUCGGACCUUUCGCGCACGGAGAAUCCGACGCCCGACAACGAUCUCUUUCGGCACCUGGCACGGACUUACUCAACGACGCACCUGACCAUGUUCAAGAGCCCUCAGUGCGACGAGGACUUUACGGACGGCGUGGUGAACGGUGCCAGCUGGAUGCCCGAAUCAGGAACCAUGCAAGAUUUCAACUAUGUGUUCACCAACUGCUAUGAAAUCACCCUUGAACUGUCAUGCUGCAAAUACCCUCAAGCCAGUGAGCUUGUCAAGGAGUGGAACAUGAACAAGAAUGCCCUGCUCACCUUCAUGGAACAGGUGCACAUGGGCAUCAAGGGGGUGGUGAAGGAGUUUGGCAGCGGGCGUCCGGUGGACAAGGCGGCCGUCUGGGUGGAGGGCAUUGACCACAACUUGACCACCACCGACCGGGGGGAGUUCUGGAGGCUCCUGCUGCCCGGGGAAUACUCUUUGCGCGUCUCCUGUCCAGGGUACAAGGAGGCUGUAAAACGGGGCAUAAAAGUCCACUCGGGGAGAGCCGUCUGGGUGGAGGUGAUACUCGAGCCUGUGGAGACCGGCACUGAGUAUCCCCCACAGCAUGUACCGGUGGACGCAGACUUCGAGCUGCUGGGCGAGACGGUGUUCAAGCACCACAGCUUUCAGGAGCUGGUGGAGAUCCUGGAGAAUCUCACCCACAAGUACCCGCACCUCACCCGUCUCUUCAGCAUCGGCAAGUCCAUCGAGCACCGGGAGCUGUAUGUCCUCGAGAUCAGCGACAAUCCUGGUGUCCAUGAGCCAGGCGAGCCAGAGUUCAAGUAUGUGGGCAACAUCCACGGCAAUGAGGUCGUUGGACGGGAGAUGCUGCUCCUGCUCGCGCGCCUGCUGUGCGAGCAGUACGGGCGCUCCAAGCGGCUCACUUCCCUGGUGAACAACACCCGCAUCUUCAUCAUGCCUUCCAUGAACCCCGACGGCUACGAGAGGGCUCACGUUGGGGACCGCAGCAGCACCCUGGGCCGGUUCAAUGCCCACGACAAGGACCUGAACCGGGACUUCCCGGACCAGUACCAGAAGGGGGCGAGCGACCCCCAGCCUGAGACGGCGGCCAUGAUGCGCUUCGUGCUGGCCCGCCCCGUGGUGCUCUCGGCGAGUCUGCACGGGGGCGCCCUGGUGGCCAACUACCCGUACGAUGGGAACAAGGAGAAGGUGGAGCGCAUCUACAGCGCCACUCCGGACGACGCGCUGUUCAGGCACCUCGCCCUCUCCUACUCCAAAGCACAUCCAUCUAUGUCUCAGGGAAAGCCAUGCCCUAAAGGGGAACUGGAUGAUGAAUUCAAGGAUGGAAUCACCAACGGUGCAGCGUGGUACAAUGUGUACGGGGGAAUGCAGGACUACAAUUACCUGCACAGCAACAGCUAUGAGCUCACCAUCGAGAUGGGCUGCUUCAAGUAUCCACCUGCCAGCCAGCUCGAGCAGUUCUGGAAGGAUCACAGGGUGCCCCUGGUCGUACUCAUGGAGAAGGUGCACGUUGGCGUGAAGGGCUUUGUGAGGGAUGAGCACGACAAGCCUGUUACCAAUGCCACCAUCCACGUCCUGGGCAUCCACCACGACGUGCACUCGGCCAAGGACGGCGACUUCUGGCGCCUUCUGGUGCCUGGGAGCUAUUCUGUGCAGACCUAUGUUGACGGGUUCCCGUCACCCGAGCGACGAGUGUCGGUGUCGGAAGGGCACCCGACGUGGGUCAACUUCACGGUGAACCGCGAAUACGCCCGGUGGUCCAAGGAGCACGACUUUCUGAUUGGGGAGAACGGCGAGGCGAAGUACCUGGACUCGGACGAACUGACCAACUUGCUGAUGCAGCUGCGCGACAACCACUCGGACAUCCUGGAGGUCAAGGUCAGCUAUGGACCGCCCGGGGAGACCGCCCUGCAGCUCAUCCGCAUCACUGCCAAGGGCAAUCGGAUGAAACCAGAGGUCCUCCUGGUUGGCGGACUGGACGGAGAUCGUCCUGUGGGCAGAGAGAUGCUGACUCGGCUGGCCAGGCAUCUCGUCACCGGUUACGCGAAGAACGACACGAGCAUCCGCAGCCUUCUGGAGGCGGUGGCGGUGCACAUCGUGCCCACGGUGGACGAGGCGGGCUUCCGGCGGUCCCUGCCUGGCGUCUGCGAGCCCCAGUUGGGCCACGGCGAUCCCGACCUGCCCGACGUCGAAGACCGCUUUGGACCGGAGCACGACGGCAAGUUUGCGGCGGUGGAGGCGGUGAAGAAGACCCUGUCCUCCUAUCGCUACACGACGGGGCUGCUCUUCCAGUCGGGGGGUCGGGGCGUGAGGGUUCCCCUCAACGUCUCCAACAGCGGUCUGCUAGACACUCUGACUUUGGACAGGCUGGUGGAGGGUUUCAGGUCCCAGGUGGGCGGGGACACCUGCAACGCCACGCCGGGAGUGCUCCCGGGAGGUUCUCUGCUGCACUACGCCUACUCGCGGCACGGCACCCUCAUGGCCUCCGUCGACGUGGAUUGCUGCAGCUUCCCUUCCGCAGACAAGAUUCCUGGGUUGUGGAUGAAGAGUCUGCACCCCUUGAUGAAGUUUUUGGAAGCUGCCAAGACAAAUAUCUUUGGCAGCGUGACCGACGAGUAUGGCACCAAACUCACCAAUGCAACCAUUGGGGUGCAUGCGAGCAAGCGUCCCAUUGACGUUACCAAUGGCGCUUUCUGCUUGGCUGUGCCGCCGGGCAAAAUCGUGCUCACAGCGGUGGCUCCCUCGUUUGAGAUGAGGGUGGAGCGACUGACCGUGACGGAGGGGCGGGUGGCCAGCCUGGCACUGGUGCUGGAGCCGGACACCUACAAGCACGCAUACCACGGCUACCUCCAGAUCCUGCAGCUGCUCACGGACAUCGCCAAGAAGCAUCCCAACACCACCCACCUUUACAGUCUCGGGCGCAGCGCGGGGGGUCGGGAGCUGCACGCCCUGGCACUCGGGGCGCGCCCCAGUGUGCACCGGCAGGGGGUGCCCGAGGUGCGGCUGCAGGGUGGGCUGGAGGGCUCCCAGGCGGCCACCUCGGAGCUCCUGGUGCACCUGGCCCACUGCCUGGCCACCCGCUACCGUCACAACACCCUCGUUACGCAGAUUAUGAGCACCACGCGAAUCCAUAUUGUCCCCGUGGUUGACCCCGACGGCAUGGCGAACGAACCUGCAAUGAACUGCAACGCGACCCAAGCACUAUCCGACCAGGGAAAGGACAUCUACCACGCAUUUCGAGAGACGUCCCAGCGCCCGGAGGUGCUUGCGUUGGAGCGGUGGGCUCGCCGGUAUCCCUUCAUCACCUCACUGACCCUCCUGACGGGGGCCACUGCCGUGGCCUAUCCCCAGGCUGGAGGGAAGGCAGACUCUGCGGUGCUGGACGCCCUGGCCAAGGCAUACGUCGAGUCCAACGACGACAUGCUCCUUGGGAACUUCAGCUGCGGUGGAAAGCAGUACAACACAUCCGGCGGAAUCGUAAGGGGUGAAUCGAAUUUCACAUCAAUGAAUGGCUCCUUGAUGGAAUUCAGCUACAAGACCGCUGGAACCUACGAGCUGUCAGCGUUUAUAUCUUGCUGCGCUGCACCGGAUGCCGCGACGUCGUCUGACCUAUGGGUGGCCAACAAGCAGUCUCUCCUUCAGUUCCUAAUCCAGAGCACCCGUGGCCUGACCGGCUUUGUGCGCACCAAGAGCGGGGACCCCAUCGGGAGUGCCAACAUCACGGUGGACGGGCAGGCUAUGCUCAAGCCCACCACGCACCUGGGCGAGUUCUGGCUGCCGCUGGGCGAAGGCGUCUUCACCGUGGUCGUCACCGCCACGGACUACUUCCCCAUGACCAAGAUUGUGACUGUAUACUCAGGCCGUGCCACGAACGUGGAGUUCCGCCUCCAGGAGAACAUCUUAGUUGCUGGCUUGCCAAAACACGUCUUUGUGGUCCUGGCAGGCUCGCUGGUCCUGCUGGCCAUGGUGAGCGCCCUGUGCAUCUACAGCGUGGUGCUGAGCAGGCGUCAGCCCCAGCGGGCGGGCUUCUUGCCAGUCCAGAGCAACGGAGGCACCCUGUUCGACGACGACGAAGACGACGACGACGACCACAAGGUCAAGAAACUCAUGGGAUUUGGCGUGCACCGCAAGCUGCUCAAGACCGCAGAGUACCACGACGAGUCCACCUCCGAGGACGAAAUCUACAACACGCGCACCUGGAAGAACGGAAAAUCUCCGAAGCUAUAGAAUCUUUGGAGGUACCUCCAGCUCCAUUUGUAAAGUUUCUGAAAAGUAAUGGUACUUUCCCUUUUUUAUAUUGUUGAAAAGUGGUCUGUACAUACAUACAGGUUUUUGUUGGCCUAAAAUGUUUUUUUUUUUCUUCUUUUUUAACAUAGGAAACAAGAUUUUAAACUUUAUAUAUUCAUCUGAUCUGUACGUCAUCACACCAUUUGAGGGCGGACCAUGCUAUGCUCGUUCUCACCUCAAGAACUCUAGCAAAAAAUAGAUUGGCUCCCGUGGAACAUUGCUAAAUUCUCCUUUUGGGUGGCAGAUUAGUUGGUACUUGGCCGUACAAUUGACUUUCUUUUUACCUGAUUGUAACAUAUUUUCAAAUGCACACCAUACAAUUGUUUUUCCUGACAACCAACCCUUGUAAGAACCACUUUGCACACCUCAUGAACUAUGUGCAGAACUUGCUUUUCUUUUCUUGAGGCGACAAUGAGUAUAGUACUUUUUCUUACAAGGAGAAACUCGUGAAAUAGCCUUUUUUGUCGGAACUGACCGACGUAUACUUUGUAAUCUCUACAUUUUUGUUUUUUUAACUACAGCGUGUGCAGUCCGUCGAGUGCGCAAGCAAACAUAGAAAGUGUGCAUACCUGGGUCUUCCCCUUUGCCAGUCACAUGUCCGAGUCGUCUUUAUUGAUGAUCUUUUUAAAACGACGGGCGACGACCCCUGAGCAGCCGCACUUGGUCCGAGGACUCUGUGCCACGUGAUAUAGCAUCUAAUAUAUUCAGACGCCGCAUUAACGCAAGGACCCUUGUUGGUGUUCCGCUCCACGUCCGCCGUCGGCCCGCGGAAGUGUCGGAUGGCGAUGUGCAUGCAAGCGUGGUGUGCGUGUCGGUUUGCAGUCCUUAUUUUUCAGACUUCCUUUUUGGGACAAUGCUAUACACAUGCAGUGGCCUUAUUUCCAUAGUGCUUUGUGAUGAUACGUAAUAAGCAGCGAUUCUUAAUCUAGACGAGACUUUGUUUUGGUGGACGCCUCUUUGACUAGACCAAUUGUGUCCGAAGCGAAAGCGCAUUUUAUUAUGCUUGUCUGGCCGUAUUAGGGCAGCACUAGAGAACCGACAAGGAAGCAAACUACGUUUUGGAAAAGACACGGUUUUGGUCUGUUGCGGAAGAAAAUAGUUGCAGCAGUCAAAAACAUUAAACCACACACACAAACAAAAAAAAAAAAAAAAUGCAGAUUUUUAAAAAUUUGUUUUAUGAAACUUCCUUGCAGUAGAUGUUAUUUGGACUGGCGGAAUACACUUUCGACCCAGAUUGCAUCUACUAAAACCGUGUGCUUUUUUAAGUGGAUGUUUGUCCGCACUGGUAUUUAGUAAGAGUGGUUGUUCAGCCGUCAACAUGCACGAGGGCGGGAAAACAAAGCUUUGGUGACGUGCAGUUUUCAUGGCUGUCAUUUCUCUCUUGGUUGUCUGGAGGUUGCACAUGUCUUUCAACGGUACUUAAAAGGCUCCCUCACUCUUCUAGGGCUGGGAAUUAUCGCUUGUCCUAAGAUGAUGACCAAAGUUUUUAGAGAACUAUCAGCAGGUAGCUUCAUUUGUUCAAGCCUUACCAGUCUGUGUGGUAUCUUCCUUUUUAUUCAAUGUCGAAUGCUUCAAAGGGCUCGUAUAACACCAUUUCGAAGACUUGGGGGAAACCAUGCAUCCUCUCGUUGUGUGAUAUGUGAAAAGUGUGUUUCAAGCUGUUGUUCACAUGCCUACUGUGCACUCCAUCCACAAUGACUGGCACCUGUUAAAAGGGAGAAAGUCCAGUGCAUUUGUUACACACUCAGCCCUGUUUGGUCUCGUCUUCCGAAGGUAACUCCAGUUUUUGUACUUGCUACUACCACCACGAGAAUAUAGAUGUGCUCCCAGAAGAAGACGGUGUAACUAAGAUACUGCUAGUACUCUCCUCUAGUCACUUUGAUGCAGAAAUAAAGAAAUGGAACACUGCAA